AAAUCUAUAGCCCUCUCUAGGAAAAGCACCUUCCUACUAGCUCAUAUAGAGCAGGCUAGCUUGUUUUCAGCUAUUUCCGUCCGCAAUUUGCUUAAUAAUGCUUUCCGCGCUAAGGGAAUCAAGGGACUAGUAAUCUCUACAGUCUCUCUUUCCUCAAAGGGUAAUAUUAUAGUUAAUACUACCCCUGAGUUCAACUCUGACUUUUUGGUUCAAAACGAAGCUACUAUAAAGGGGGUGCUUCCCUUAGUAAAAAGCAUACAAAAAGGAGAGCCCUGGUAUAAAGUUAUUAUCCACGGUCUACCUAUUCGUGAUUUCGAUAUACCCGAAGGAAUGGACUUAGUCCUAGAAGAGAUCAAGACCUUUAAUAAGGGUCUAGAGCCUAUUGGCCAGCCCUAUUGGGCUACUUCUAAGGAAAAGAGAGACUCAGGCCUCCAGCGAGCCGGUUCAGUAGUAGUAGCAUUCCCUACCGAGAUUCAAGCUAAUAGAGCUAUUAAAAACAGACUCCUUAUAGCCGGAAUCUCUGCUAAAGUAGUAAAAUACCAUACUAUCUCUAGCACUGCGCAGUGUACUAAGUGUGCAGGGUACGGGCACUUAGACUCUAUUUGCAAAAAAGACCCUAAGUACUUGCUAUAUAGUGAGGAGCACGUGACAGAGAACCAUUUCUGCUCUAUCUGUAAAAAGAAGGGUAAAAAAUGCCCCCACGUGACUACUAAAUGCGCCAACUGCUCUAGUACUACCCACUCAGCUAGUUCUAAGCUAUGUGAGGUCUACUUAGCAAUCAAACAAGCUGCUACUACUCCUACUAUUACUAUUAAUGAGUAG